GCUAGUUGCAAAACGAUAGACGCCCCCUGCAAAGACGCUGUGGAGCCCGCGUGGCCGGUCCGAGCGCGCCUCCCCAUCAUCUGUACGCUCGGGCCACGGCGCCAAUGCCUUUCAGAGGCGCAACACGCAGGCUGAGGGAGGCUGCAGAUACACACCAACAAGCGUGAAUGAUUCUGCGCAAAUGCGACGACGAUUCCUCUGCCUUUCGCAUCUCGGUAUACGAGCAGCGCGUCGACGGGCGCCUGCUGCCCCCUCGCCGAGGCUCGGCGUGGCGCGCCUGGCGUCAUAUCUCGCGUGGCCAGCAGGGUGGGCGAGGGAGCGAGGGGCGUCUAUCGUUUUGCAACUAGCUGGAAUACUGCACUUGAGCUGAGAGGACGCGCCUUUGUUUGUUCGCUUUGAGUAACAAACAUUGAUGCGA